AUGCCUUCAAAUACUCUGCCUGUUGUCCAGGUAAAGCCACUGGUCAAGGGUUCUCCAGCAUAUGAGGCUGAGCGGGUGUCUUUGCUCGAGGAAUUUGCCGCCAAGGUACCAGACAGCCUUCGGCUUCCCAUUGAACUCAUCAACAACCCUCCUAAGAAUGUUACCAACGUUCCCCAACAAUGCGGUCUUCUGACCCCCGAAGAACUCGCCAUCACUGAGAAAUAUGAUGCCACUACUCUGGCUGCCCUCAUCGCAUCGAGAAAAUUGACCUCGGUAGCUGUCGCCACGGCUUUUUCCAAGAGAGCCAUCAUUGUACAUCAGCUCACAGAUUGUCUGACGGAAUGGUUCAUGGAUGAUGCUAUUGAACAAGCUAAACACUUGGAUGAGUAUUUACAAUCCACAGGCAAGACAAUCGGACCUCUUCAUGGCGUGCCCAUCAGCGUCAAGAUACACUUGCCUUUAGCCGGACACUUCUCCGAGGUGGGCUUCAGCGACACAAGAGUCAAGGAUAAAGAAGAUUGCCACAUAGUAGCAAUCCUGAGAGAUGCCGGCGCUGUCUUCUACUGCAAAACCAACCAGCCCCAAGCCAUAAUGCACCUCGAGACCGUCUCUUCAUGGGGCCGCACCUUGAACCCCCACAACAUUAAUCUCUCAUCAGGAGGAUCUACCGGAGGAGAAGCCGCCCUGCUGGCCAUGCGAGGAUCUGUUCUCGGCAUUGGCACUGACAUUGGAGGAAGCAUCCGAGGUCCAUCUGCCUUCUGCGGUAUCUACGGCUUCAAGCCUACAUCAUACCUUGUUCCUAGGAAAGACUUUGUAGCAGGCGGCUCAAUACCAGAACUCGGCAUCUUGGCCACCGCAGGCCCCAUGUGCGGCUCCCUCAGAGAUAUGGAUCUCUUCAUGUCAGUACUACUGGACUCGAAGCCGUAUCUAGUGGACCCAAGACUCGUUCCAAUCCCCUGGACCGGUCUCAAGUCAUUACCACAACCCAAACCGCUGAAGAUUGGUAUCAUGAUGAACGACGGAGCCAUUGUCCCACAGCCCCCUGUUAUGCGGGCCCUCAACUGGGCCGCCAAAAAGCUCAAAGCAUCAAACAACUUCUCCGUCAAGACAUUUGAGCCAUACAACACCGCCAAAGCAAUCAAGAACAUCCGCCUCGCAUACUGGCCCGACGGCGGCAACGGCAUAAAGAAGCAUCUCGCAGCCUCAGGCGAGCCCCUUCUUCCCCUAACGCAGUGGAUCAUCAAGGACGCCGAGGGCCCCGAGCUCACGCCAGCCCAGAUCCUGGCGCAGCGCCUCGAGCGGGACCAGUUCCGCUGCGAUUUUGCGAGUCACUGGGCGUCUCAGGACGUCGACUUCGUCAUUUGUCCGGCUUUCGUCGGUCCUGCGUGCGAGCACGAGACGUCUUUUUACUGGAACUACACUGCUUUUUGGAACUACGUCGAUUACCCCGGUGCGGUGGUGCCCACGCCGAUCAAGGCUGGGAAGAAAGGGGCGGAGAAGUAUGCUGCUGAUGCGCCGGCACCGUUGAGCAAGGAGGACGAGCACGUACGACAAAUGUGGGAGGAGGGUGACUUUGAAGGAGCACCGAUUAAUCUGCAGAUUGUAGCGAGGAAAUACCAUGAUAAUGACCUAUUUGCGGCGUUGGAAAAGAUGCAGUGGGUUUUGGAAUUGCCAUAG